AUGUCGGCCGAGCAGCAGCCCGACCCGUGGUGGGGCGGUCAACGAGAUCCCUGGAGCAGGGCAAACAACGAUGAAGACGGUCGCCGCGCGGCUCAGACAGAGACGGGUGUGAACCCGGGCGAUGGGCAGUGGGACACCGCCACUCGGGCGGACCAAUCGGAAGCGCCUCCGCAGGGCGCGGGCUGGGGAGAUGCUCCCAACCUUGCGGAAGCUCAAGAUUGGAGUGGGGAACCUCGUCGAGGAGACGCACCGGAUGCAAGCAGCGAUGGGAGCACAGCGGACCACGGCACAGGCUCUUGGAAUGCCAGAAGGUCUUCGGACGGAUCUUGGAGCGGCGGAACGCCGUGGAACCAGGCUUCGUGGCGACAAGGGUGGCGCGGUGACUGGAACGGCUACGGCGGCUGGGGCCAGCCUUGGCAUAGCAACGGUCACUGGAACGACCCUACGGCAUGGUGGACGGGUGCCCUAUGGAGCCCUCCGGCGCGGUGGUGGAAUGAUCCUACGACCAUGAACGGGAGUACCACCGGGACUCCACCGACUACAGGCGAGCCUACAUCGGGCACUACCUGGGGCACCGGGAAUUCCUCUUCGGCGACUACCGACACGGCGUCUACUACCCGACCAACGGCUACCGGAACAGGAAUCACGAAGGCGGACUACGAACCCCGACCCGGCGGCCCUUCGGAAAAGAUCAUGGUCCCAAUCUUCCGAGGAGAAGGGGAGGGCGGAGAGCUAGGUACCUCUGCACGAAGCUACCUGCGCCAGGUGGCCGCUUGGGAGAGAAUGACGAAGUUGGGGGCAUCACAACGCGCCCUCGUGCUCUACCAACACCUUCAAGGUGCCGCCUGGAUAAACGCCGAGCAGCUCGCAGUUGAUAAGUUAAGUUCCCCCGACGGCGUGGAGUACUUCAAGGCCUGGGUGACUCAGCACUACUUGGACAUCGAGGUGACUUCCAUUGGCAGGUCCCUGAGCGACCUGUUCCGGAAGCUCAAGAGGAGGCCGGCCCAGACCUUCCGCGACUACGUAGCCGAGUACAACCGCCUCUCAGCGAGGGUAGCCGAAUGCGGGUGCCGGCUGCCAGACAUAGCAUCGGCAUGGCUUUUCGUGGACCGGGCGAACCUGGAUGAAUCCACUGAAGUCAGCCUCUUGGCCUCAGUGGGGAAUCGCUACAACCUCCAGCAGCUACAACAGGCCGCAAUCAUCUUGGAUCGCUCGAUGAGAAAGCCAUGGGAGCGGACGGGUCGCGCCAACACCGUCCACAUGACCGACGAGAUCGAGGAUGAGGAAGAGGGCGAAGAGGACCCGGUGCUGCAGGACGACCUCGGCGACCACGACCAUGGCGACCUCUACGUGUCCUACAUGACGGCGAAGGCUCGAUACAAGGACGCGGCGAAAGCCAGAGGAGUGGACGUGGAAGCCGUCCGCAAAACGGCAGAACAAAGGGUGGCCAUAGCUAAGAGCAAAAGCCACUGCGCGGCGUGCGGGCAGAAGGGACAUUGGCACCGGGACGCCAUCUGUCCUAAAAACAAAGCAGGAACAGGCAACCAGGACCCGAAGGCCCACAGCAUCCACGUGACCAAUGAGGUGUUCGAGCUGGCCACUGCCCCGGGAGGACCCCUACUGGCCAUCACCGACACCGCAUGCUCCCGAUGUGUGGUAGGAGCGGCUUGGCUACAGCGCUACAUCGAUGAUGUCAAGGCCCAAGCUGGAGGUGAUGGGAACAAGGCCUACCCCUACGAGUUCAUCAAUGAGAAGGAGUCCUUCCGGUUCGGAGCGAGCCGGGUCUACGAGUCGAGCUAUGCAGCUGUGAUCCUCACCAAGGUCGGUGGGACCUGGUUGGCAGUCAAGGCCGCGGUCAUCCACGGCGACAUCCCUCUGCUUCUCUCGCGUCCCCUGUUGGCGAGCCUGGGCAUGAUGUUCGAUGUCGAGCACAAUGUCGCGAACUUUAGAAAGAUCAAUGUCGAGGGGCUAAAGCUGGCCUCUACCACCUCAGGACACCCGGCCCUGAUGGUGCAAUGUAUCGGCAGCUCCGCCAUCGAUCCCAGCUCUGUGCCUAAGGCAUGGGGGAACAAGGAACUCGAGAUCUUGAAGACCCGCGGUGCCUACAUGAGUUUCGUGGUGGGACAUGGGGAAGCUGUACUACGGGAGUCUAAGCAGGGAGAGGUGAGUGAAGGUGAUAGGCGGGCUGUUGUAGGGAACCCCAACCUGUUCUAUGCCAAGAAGAUAUCCCCCGCCAUCUACGAGGCCCUGGUAGCUGACUCGCUCAACAUGAACACAUUCUUGGGUUGGUGGAACUCCACGGCUAUUACCAAUGACUUCUGGAUAGAAACCGAGCACAAACUUAUCAGGGUCCACGUGACUCCCCGUGGCGCACAUGUGCAGACGGCGGAUAUUCAGUGCUAUGGGUCGGCCGCAGCGUUUUCAACCGAGCAGCACAACGCCCACGCGACCCGGAACCUCGUUAUGAGCACCCGGCCCGCGCCAUGGAAGAUGAACAAGGUGGAGCUACAGCAGGAAUGUGCGAGACUGGGCAUCGCUUUCCACCCACGGUGGACUGUGCCAGAGCUUCGCCACCUCCUGAGCGAGCACAACGAGAUCACGCCGAUGUUCCCGAAGCGCCUGACCUCUAUGUCCCUACCGGAACUACGAGCGGAAGCGGAGGCCAUCGGGAUCGGCUAUGGUCCGAAGGAGACAAAGGGGAGCCUCAUGCUACGGAUCCGCGAUGCCGUGGCCCCGGACCAGACCAUCAUGACGGUGGGACGCCACCGCGGAGUACCCUAUGUGGAGAUACCGGACAACUACGGGGCUUGGGCAUCGGAAGAGGAGCGAGUGAACGGGACGAACAUGCACCCCGACCUCAAGCGGUAUGUCACCUGGCGGCGGGAGAAGAAGGAGCAGCAGGAGGACCCCAGCGCCCAUGUUCACAUGAACCAGGACGUUCCGAGGGAAGUGGAGAGCGAGAUACAGGAACUCGAAACGCGUCUGGCCGUCCUGAAGGAGACCUGUGCGGGCCACGACACCACGGAGAUCGAGGGAGGCUACACUGGUAAUCACGAAAGCCGAACUCGGGAUCAGCACCACGAGCACUACGAGCCCGCGGUUGCCGAGGACCACGGUACAGUCAUGGAGCGCAACGAGGCAAUCCCCCAGGACUACCACGACGGCGGCGAGAUCUACAGAGGAACCACAGAACGUGUCGAGGCAAUCCUCCAGGACUACCACGAUGACGUCGAGAACCACAACACAGUCACCAAGCGCAACGAGGCAAUCCCCCAGGACUACCACGACGGUGUCAAAGACCACAAUACAGUCACGGAGUGCAACAAGGCAAUCCCCCAGGACUACCGCGAUGACGGCGAGAUCUACAGAGGAACCGCAGAGUGUGACGAGGCAAUCCAGCAGGACUACCACGAUGACGGCGAGAUCUACAAGAGUGGCCACAUAUGCCAGGACGAUGGUGGUCACAACGGGACGGCCUCAGAACCAGAAGAGUUGGCCCACGCAAUGGUGGUGGACACGUUCUUGGCGGGAGCUGCACGUGGCAACAGGAAGGACAAGACCGCUGAGUGUGAACUCCGUGCUAAAGAAGCCCUUGACGAUGAAGACUACAUCUAUGAGACCUUGGAGGAGGUCAUGGAGAUGAUCCCACAACCUACACGCACCAAGCACCGGAGCGUGCAUGGCGAUGCGGAACCUAAGGCACGACACGUCUUCGGCUACUACGCCCACGGAGGCUUUGGCGGCAUAUGCAGGCGAUCCUUCGAGUACCCCAACCUGGUCCGGUACUUGAACGCAUUCCUACAAAGUCAAGUUGGAGACGAUCUGAAGGAGACCGGCGAAUGGAAUGCCAUCAGUGUCCUGGAAAACAUACCCUCCAGCGUGCACACCGACAACAACAACUACCCCGGCACCUACAACUACGCGGUUUCGACAGGUGCCUAUGUCGGGGGGGAAUUGUGGGUGCAGCGGGCCGGCGGAGGAGUGUGGAAACGAGGGAAAGGAGAUGUGCCGACCGAGGGCGAGUACGUGAACAACUACCAACGGGCGGUGGCGAUUGAUCCCAAGCUACAACAUGGUGUCGAGGAAUGGGGUGGAAAACGGUGGGUGCUUGUUGCCUACACCACCCGCAACGUCAUGAACGCCAAUCCCUGUGAAAGGAAGGCACUCACCGAGAUGGGUUUUCCAAUCCCCGCGAGGAGACCUACGCCACACAAGGCCACGGAGGACGCAAACACCCGGACGAUGCCGAAGAGGAGUGUGAGGAAAGGACUGUGGAAGCGUGCAGCCGAACUUAGCGUUCUCCUCACCACCCUCACCAACGCCUACCAGCACAGUGCGAGUGAAAUGUACCGACUCCAACCCCAGCGCCCCAAAACUUCGAUGGCAGAGAUCGGGGAUGUGACGGCCACCUGCUAUGUGGCCGAUGUCCUGGGCGAGAAUGUCAAUCUCGCCGAACCGGUCCUAUGGGAAGAUUACGAAUGGUGGAGGACGACCGGAAACCACCCUGAAAGCGAGCAACUGUGGAUCCACAUCGACAACGUGAGCCACAACAAGCACGGGGAGGAGCUGGAAUCUUUGGCGAGCAAGCAGAUCCGGAAUGGCGGGACGGUCGUCUUCGAGGACAACCUAAGUGACAACGAGGCCCUGUGGAAGGAGAUUGGAUACCGAUGGCGACGGCUUGGAUGUGAAGUUGGGGAGGACUACACCGAAGAUGGAUGCCGGCUACUACGCGUACAAAGGCCCAAGGAGGAACACGUUGUCUAUGUCGGCGAAACCGUGGACGGCGGGGAGGAAGGAGACCAAGAAAAGACAGGGGCAGCUGGCAUCACGUUCGCCAAGGGCGUUUCCCCACAUAUAGCGUCGGCUCUCAAAAGAGCCCAUCAGAAUCUCGGCCACCCGUCCACGGCAGACUUUGUUCGGCAUCUACGCGUGGCUGGUGCUAAGGCCGAAGUCCUGAAGGCGGCUAAGGGGUUGAAGUGUGAGACAUGCGUCAGAACACAGGCACCCUCUAUCUCCAAACCGGCCGCUAUAGCGAGUGUGCUGCAGUUCAAUCAAGUGGUCGGGGCCGAUCUACUGUAUGUACAUGACGUGAAUGGGAAGAAGCACGAGAUGUUGUCGGUGGUCGACUUCUCUUCCUCCUACCACAUCGUGAUCCCCGUGGCACGAAAGGACACGGCCACCCUGGAACAAGCCUUUUGUCACAACUGGGUGAACGUUUUCGGGGCACCUGGCACUAUUGCCGUCGACCUGGAAAAUGGGCUACAGAAAGCCCUGGCCCGGACCGCGGACUGGACGGGCAUGGCCAUCCGGAGCUGCGCGGGACAAGCUCACUGGCAAGCCGGGUUCACCGAGCGACAAGGGGGGCUAUGGAAGGCAAUCUUCAACCGGGUUGCCGAGGACAAGAAUGUUGCACAGGCAGACAUAGCCCUGGCAGUUGCUGCGGUGUCCAAUGCCAAGAACACCCUGCGGAAGGUGAGUGGGUUUUCCCCAGCACAACAUGUAUUUGGCCAGGCCCCAGUGGUUGCGGAGGACCUAAUGGACGGUCCACUAGCACACAUGCCCGACGGGGAGGUUGUCAUGGACGACAAGCAUGCAAGAGAGGUGGCCACACGGACCGCCGCGCGGGCGGCAUUCCACUUCGUCCAAACGGACGACCGGGUGCGCCGAGCUCUCCAAGGCCGUGCUCGCGUCCAGGCCCGUGAGCCCAACGUGGGAGACCGGGUGUUUUUCUUCAGGAAAGCUAAGAACAGCAAACGCGGAUGGUGGCGUGGCCCAGCUACCAUCAUAGGCAAGGAAGCCAACAACUUCUGGAUCUCCCGGGCCGGCAGAUGCCUGCUGUGCGCUCCAGAGCAUGUGAGGCUGGCAACCAACCAAGAGCUCGGCCACAUGUUCGCUUUGCGGGCCGGCAAGGAGGAUAUGGACAAGCUCUUGAAUGCCGAUUUCGAUGACAAGGACGCCUACAUCGACGAGGAGCCCGAGGGGGAGAACGAGGACCAGGACUUGGACAUGGAGGAGGUGGCUAUGGAGAACGAGGACAUGGACACAGAAUCAAGGGGAGUACGCAGGGCACGCGAAGUUCCGCCGGCACCCGUGGCGAAGCGUUACAGGAAGAAGGCCCCUGCCACCGAAGGGGAGGCGCAGGAGAUCCUGAUGCUCAAGCGUGCAAAGACGGAAAGGUCGCGGGCUAAGCAACUGGAGAAGGAGCUACCCUGGCAAAUGAUACCGGAGGACAAGCGUGACGACUUCCGGACCGCGGAGGACAAACAAUGGAGCGAACACAUGGAACAUGACGCCCUGGAGAUCCUCGACGUGGAGCGCAGCCGCGAGGUGGAGGCCACCGUCCCCAAGGCCCGGAUAUUGUCCUCGAGAUGGGCAUACCGAGAUAAAAGCUUGGCUCAACGGCGAACCAAGCCAGAGACGCCCUGGAAGUGUAAGGCUCGGUUGGUCAUUGGGGGCCAUGAAGACCCAGACCUGGCCGGUGGGCGAGUUGUGUCGGAUUCGCCAACGGUGUCUCGGGCCACCCUGAUACUGCUACUCCAAAUCUGUUGCUCACGCCUAUGGCAGGCUGCUGCGGGAGAUGUGGCGGCAGCAUUUCUCAACGGCGUCUACAUACAGAGGGAGUUGUACAUGCGACAACCCCGCGGUGGAGUUCGCGGCCUAGAUCCCCGGCAGCUACUACGUGUCAAAAAGGGCAUCUUUGGGCUGACGGAGUCACCGCGGCUCUGGUAUGAUCGAUUGACAUCCGUGAUGCUCGGUCACACCUUUCUGGUGGCCGGCAAGGAGUACAAGAUGACCCCUUGCCCCCUGGACCCGUGCGUCUACAUGCUCCAGGCCGGCGCAGAAGAGGAACCCAUAGCCUAUGUGGCCGUUCACGUGGACGACCUGCUGGUCAUCGCCAAGCCCGAGGUGAACAAGUGCGUGAGGGAUGAGCUUUCAAAGCUGUUCCCCGUCGAUGACUGGGAAGUCGACAACUUCGACUACAUAGGCUCUCACAUAUCCACGGAGAACGGGGAAAUCCUCAUCAACCAGGAGGCUUUCGUGGAUGGACGCCUGUUCAUGUUGGACAUCGACCCGAAGGCCGACAACGAGGUUGAGGCUACAGAGGAACAACUCAUAGACAAUCGCUCCUUGGUAGGAGCUUUGUCGUGGUUGGCCGGACAAUCACGUCCGGAUCUCCAAUGCGGAGUAGCUCUUGCCCAGCAGAGACAAAGGGCCCCUACCGUAGGAGACCUCCGCUUCACGAAUGCCCUGACCAAGAAGGCGACCGAGCACCGCAGCGAAGGAGUACGCCUCAGGCCGAUUCCCCUCGAGAAGGGCAUCUUCUACGCCUUCCACGACUCCGGAUGGGCGAACGCUGACGAGCAGGACCCAGAGGACGACUUCAAGCUCACCCCCGAGGAGGAGGACCAAAGGACUAUGAAAGAAGGCCCGCCAGGACCGGGGAAGGCCAAAAGGGCGAGCUCACGAGUGGCGUCCCAGCUGGGACACGUCAUCAUGUUCGGCAACCUCGAGGAUGCUACUAAGAACCAGACGAAGGCGAGCCUGCUGGAAUGGAGAAGCCAAACUUGCCAACGAGUAUGUCGCAGCACCUUCGGCGCUGAGACGAUGGCUUGCGCAGAGGGACUCGAAUGCGGGCAAUUCCUACGUGCCCUGCUGGCCACCUUGUUGGCUGGAAAGCUGAUAAAGCUUCAUGAUGCACGAGGAUGGUGGCCGAUCAUAUGUCUCACGGACUGCAGAUCGCUACAUGACCACCUUCACCGCGCCGGAGUACCACGAGUCCCAGCCGAUCGUAGAUUAGCUGUAGACCUGGCGGCCAUCCGCCAGGAGUUUCGAAGGUGUUCCGAACGCGUAGCCAUCCAAUGGCUGCCGACGACAUGUCAAGUCGCCGAUCCACUCACCAAGCCAAUGAAGUGCCGCGAGUGGUGGAGAGCGCAACAAGACGGGAUCCGUCUUCCCUUUGAUGUUCUUUCGAAGGUCAUCGGAAAACCCGAUUUUUGA